CACGUCUUCACCACCGUGUCCCAGAUCACGGCCGUGGAAGCCGAACACCUGCUCAAGAGAAAACCCGAUAUGGUGACCCCCAACGGCCUGAAUGUCAAGAAAUUCUCUGCCAUGCACGAGUUCCAGAACCUCCACGCCCAGAGCAAGGCCCACAUCCAGGAGUUCGUCCGGGGGCAUUUCUAUGGGCACCUGGACUUUAACCUGGACAAGACCCUGUUCUUCUUCAUCGCCGGGCGCUACGAAUUCUCCAACAAGGGGGCCGACAUCUUCCUGGAGGCGCUGGCCCGGCUCAACUACCUGCUCCGGGUAACGGGGGUUCCCUGCCUGCUGGGGGGGUCCCUUGCCCUGUCUCCCCCACUCUGGGGGUUCGG